UCACACCAAAGAUCAUCCAUGGCUAGUUCUCUACUUCAGCAGCUGCUGUCUCUGCUGCUGCUCCUGCUGCCCUCUCCUCUUCGUCUCCGGGAGCAUCUAUCAGGAAACCAUGCUGUCAGCGCCAACAACUUCCACCCCAUCUUUCUGGUAGCUGGGAUGAGCUGCAGCGACCUGGAGGCACGUCUCACCGAGGAGUACCGGCCGUCGGUGCCGCAUUGCGGCGCCAUGAAGGGCAAGGGGUGGUUCGGUCUGUGGAAGAACAGUUCGGAGCUGCUGUCUCGUGACUACAUGCAGUGCUUCGAGGAGCAGAUGAGCCUCGUCUACGACCCUGACAUCAACGAGUACCGGAACCUCGCCGGUGUCGAGACACGAGUGCCCAACUUCGGCUCCACAAGAGCCUUCAGCUACAAGAACCCUCUCAAGUCAGACUGGUGCCUCGGAAAGCUGAGAGCCGCACUGGAAGACAUGGGAUACCGAGACGGAGACACCAUGUUCGGAGCCCCCUACGACUUCCGCUACGCGCCGCCGUCCCCCGGCCAGACGUCCGAGGUGUACUCCCGCUACUUCAAGGAGCUGAUGGAGCUGGUCGAGGCCGCGAGCGAGAGGACCCGGAAGAAGGCCGUCAUCCUCGGCCACAGCUUCGGCGGCAUGGUCGCGCUCGAGUUCGUCCGGAACACUCCGCCGGCGUGGCGGAGCGAGCACAUCGAGCGCCUCGUCCUGGUCGCGCCGACGCUCCCCGGCGGGUUCCUGGAGCCGGUGCGCAACUUCGCGUCCGGGACGGACAUCCUCUACGUGCCAGCGACGACGCCGCUGGCCACGCGAGCCAUGUGGAGGAGCUUCGAGAGCGCCAUCGUGAACUUCCCGUCGCCGGCCGUGUUCGGGCGCCUGCAGGCGCCGCUCGUGGUCACCAGGGAGCGGAACUACUCCGCGUCCGCGCAAGACAUGGAGCGCUUCCUCGCCGCCGUCGGCUCCGGCGAGGCCGCGGAGCCCUUCAGGAGACGGGCCGUCCCCAAGAUGAGCAGCUUCGCGGCGCCGAUGGUGCCCAUGACGUACAUCAGCGGGGUCGGCAACAGGACGCCGCUGCGGCUGGUGUUCUGGGGCGACGACUUCGACGCGGCCCCGGAGGCGGUGGCGUACGGGGACGGAGAUGGCAAGAUCAAUUCGAUCAGCGGCUUGGCGUUCGAGAAGGAGAUGCGUCGGCAGCCGGAGCAGAAGAAGCAGUUCAAAUCCAUCAAGAUCAAUAAGGCCCAGCAUUCUACGAUCGUCACGGAUGAUUUUGCCCUGCACAGGGUCAUUCAAGAAAUCGUUGAGGCCAAUAAUCAGAAGAUUCCAUCCUAAAUUCUUCAUGUCAUGCUUGCAUUACCGAGCUGUUGGGGCCAAUAGUGGGUUGGGAAGUGAUGGUUUAGACAUCGGUUUCGUGCUUAAAACGGCCAAUAAUCAGAAUUUGUUAACGUCAA